AUGGGCCAAGGUGAUGGCUGGGAGGGAGUAGAGAAUGAGGAGAGCCGUGCCGAGGCCGCUUUCCAAGGGGUGCCAGGCUGUGGCUGGUCGACAGAGCGGGAGGAGCUUGUGCGGCAUUUGAGCUCGGGCGAGCGAGUCUUUUAUUGCGGCUUUGACCCCACCGCUCGCAGCCUCCACCUGGGUAAUUUGUUGUCCAUUAUGGGCCUGCUCCACGCAGCGCUGGAUGGACACUACGCCGUUGCUCUCAUCGGUGGCGCCACGGGGCACGUGGGUGAUCCCAGUGGACGCAACAGCGAGCGGGACCCUCUCAGUUCCGACGCACUCUUUGAAAACGCCAUCAGCAUCGACCUCAGCCUACAAACCAUCUUCCAAAACGCUUCGGACAUGGCCAAGGAAACCGACGCAGAGCGCCCUGAACUCUGCGAUCACCUCAAACUCGUGAACAACGUUGCUUGGUACGAGCGCAUGAGCGUGCUCGACUUUAUGGUCAAGGUCGGCAAGCACGCGCGCAUGCACACCAUGUUGGGCAAGGACAGUGUUAAAUCCCGGCUAGCCCAACCCGAGGGCAUGUCCUACGCCGAGUUCAGCUAUCAGCUCUUCCAGGGCUGGGACUUUGUCGAGCUCAACCAACGCUACCUGUGUACCAUCCAGCUGGGCGGCUCAGACCAAUGGGGCAACAUGCUGGCCGGCAUUGAGCUGCUCCGCAAGUGCCAGGAUGUCCAGGGGCAUGCUAUCACCCUGCCCCUCAUGACAACGGCAGCAGGCGUCAAGUUUGGCAAAAGCAUGGGCAACGCCAUUUGGCUCAACGAGGACAUGACCAGUCCAUACCAGCUUUACCAGUUCCUCUUCAACACCGAUGAUGCUGAUUGCGCCAAGCUCUUGCGUGCCCUCACCUUCCUGCCCCUGGAUCACAUCAAUAAUAUUGUAGCCGAUCAUACAGCCGCCCCCGAGAAGCGCGAGGCCCAGCGCGUGCUGGCCGAGCAGGUCUUGCGCCUAGUUCAUGGCAACGAAGGCCUGGAGCGCGCCCAAAACGUAACAAAGGUCCUUCAUUCGGGUGGCUCUCUGGCCCAACUCGACGAGGGCGACCUUCUUGCGGUAGGCAUCGUCCCAUAG